AUGAGACACGUUUUUUACGCCGUCAAUGAUCCCCUUCUACUUUCAGGGAUCGAAUUUGUCUCCGAACACGACUACCAUGAUGUCAUUACAAAAAUUUGGGUCUCUGAACACUACGCAGCCGCAUGCGGACCAAGUGGGCAACUCAUUUUGCACCUGGUUGAUCCAGUCAGUCACUCGAGGAAGAGCAACUCAACUGUUGUUCGAGAUCAGCGGGUCUUCCCAAGUGCGGGAGAAACAAAUGAAAAAAUUACUGGAUUUCAGAUAACAGGCAAUUUUCUGAUCUACGCGACUAAUUUCGGUGGACUGCGCUACUUCCAUCUCGAGGAUUGGGAUUACCUGAGCGAAUUUGUACACACCAACGGCAUCGUGAACAUAUUCCCUAAUCCAAAUGGUACACGUGUGGCCUGCAUUGAUCAGCGCUCCUCGGCCUUCAUUUACAACCCACUUACCAACCACACCAUCCAGCUCCCAGACUUCGCGCCGACGAAUACGGGAAUUCUGUGGGAUGAUGAGGAGACUGAGAACCUGCUUUUGGUCGCCUUCGACAAUUCGAGAGCGACAGUGUAUCGAUAUUUCACUCACGGUCGUCCGCCUGUACAUGCUGGAAUCAACAAUUCCCCUGUCAAACAUUCAACCGAUUCAACGACAAAAGUGACGUCUGCGUGUAACCCUUCCGAAAUGACCAAGGACACGAAACGCUUUGAACUCAUCUCCGGAUACUGCAAAGUCGUCGGAGUAACUCGCAUUCCGUAUGGACACGUACCAGUUGCACUUUCCCAUGGUGAGCUAUGUCUUCUCAGUCCGACUGGACGGUUGAUCGUGCAGCAGUUGGCAACCCAUGCUUUCCGACCCUACAGCAAUGCAGCGAUUAGCGGGAAGCAAGUUGAAGAAAAGCGGACAGAGGCCAUCACCAAAGCAGAAGCUCCGGAAGAGGUGGGACAAAAGGUGGACUCAAACUUGAAGCGAAAUGUCGGGAAGGAUCUACAGAGCGCAGAUUUAAACAAACUGACUCAAGUUGAAUUACAAAACUACUUCGAUCAAGCGAUGCGCGCAGGUUGCUUUUCCGACGCAUCCGUGUUUGCUGAGAAGUUGAACAACCCACGACUCUGGAACCAGUUGGGCAUGGCCUGCCUCCGGGUGAUGCAAUUUGACACUGGUGGUGCCGAACUACGUGCAAGACUAAGUGAAAGCUUCAACUCUGACACAGCGAUUGGGUUAACGCUGUGUGAUAUCAGAACAGAACCACUGGCACGUGCCACCGUCUUUGAAGCCCAGCUGCACCAGGUUAUCUCUCAGACUGUAGGCCUCUCUUCUUCUGAACAAGCCGCUGCUUUACCAGGUUGUACUUUUUCUACUGCAAGCACAUCAGGAACAACAACUGCUGCUGAUACUGCUAAUCAGUUGGCGGUGUAA